UAUCUCAAGAAAGAAGAGCAAGUUUCUUUCGCAUCCGGAAAACCCGUUGCUAUCCAGAAAGCACUUUCUAUGUUUGCAGACCAACACCAACAACAUGAUGAUGAUGAUGCUUUUCCAGGAUUUACAAUACUAGAUGGGAAUCAAAAACCGGGAUUCAGAACUGGAUUGGGGAAACCGGUUGUUGUAAAGCAAUCUUCUUUAGCCAAAGCAUCAUCUAUUCUUGUCGAUCAAGAUGGAGGCACAUGCAUUACAGAUGCAGGACAUCCGAAAUUAUCUAAGAACCAAAAUGGGACCCCUCCGACAUUUAGAACUGGAUUGGGGAAACCAAUUGUUGUGCAGAAUUCUUCCUUAACGAAAGCAUCAUCUAUUCUUGGCGAUCAAGGAGGACCAGGAUAUCUGAAACCUAAUAAGAAUCAAAGUGGGACCCCUAGGACAUUUAGAACUGAAUUAAGAAGCCCAGUUGCUGUAAAGCAAUCUUCCUUAACCAAAGCAUCAUUUAUUCUUGGUGAUCAAGAUGGAGACUCAGUGAAUAUAGGGUAUCCGAAACUGUAUGAAAAUCAAAAUACCACCCCUCCCAUGUUCAGAACUGGUUCAGGGAAACCUGUUGUCUUAAAACAAGCCUCUUUAGCCAAAGCAUCAAUUAUUCUUGGUGAACAAGAUGGAGGAACAAGCAUUGCAGAUGCAGGGUAUCCGAAACCUUAUGAGAAUCAAAGUGAGACCCCUUCAACAUUCAGAACUGCAUUGGGGAAACCGGUUGUUGUGAAGCAAUCUUCCCUGCCAAAGGCAUCAUCUAUUCUCGGCGAUCAAGAUGGAGGAAUAUGCAAUGCAGACACAAAAAACCCAAAACUGUAUGAGAAUCAAGGUGGGACCCCCCCAACAUUCAGAACUGGAUUGGGCAAACCGGUUGUUGUAAAGAAAUCUUCCUUGGUCAAAGCAUCAUUUAUUCUCGGCGAUCAAGACAAAGGAGAAGCAGGCAGCAGAGAUACAGAAUGUAUGAACAUACAUGUGGAUAACAAUCAUAAAGCUGAGGCUCCGGUAACAUUUGAGACUGGAUCAGGAAAAUCGGUUGCCACGAAAAAGUCUUCCUAUGAAAAGGCAUUAUCUAUUCUUCAAGAUGAUGAUGACGAUGUUUUUUCAGAUUGGGUGGGUGGAUCAGUUGACCGAGACAAUGGAACCAGUGGCUUGAAUACCAUGUUCCAAACAGGGUCAGGGAAAGCUGUAAACAUAUGCUCUACAGGUCUUAUUAAAGCUCGAGCAUUGUUAGGACUGGAAGAAAAUAUUGAUUGUAUUGAGGCUUCCAAAGGCCACAUACAACUGAGACAACAUCCAAAUUCAGAUGAUAUCUUCACCUGUCAAUCUUCUUUGAGACUCCGGAAUACCAGUGAUGAAACUUAUUCAGGGUUUCAAGAAGCUAGAUCCAUUCCGAAUUCUAAUUGUAAAUCACGUUCUGGUGUAUAUGGAAAUGAUAUGAAGGAGGUUGCUCAAGGAUCUUUCCAUUCUGCUUCUAGGCCACCACCUAUCCAGUUUCGUACAGCUGGUGGAAGGUCUGUAAAGGUUUCUAGUGAUGCCUUGAAACGAGCAAGGAGCCUUCUAGGAGAUCCUGAUGUGGGGAAUUUUUUGAAUGAAGGACAUGAAGGUUCUCCCGUGGUUUUGGCGAGUACGAACGGUAGCUUUGAGGAUAGCAUGAACAAAGAAAUUAGUGUGUGCACUUCUUCCAGUGCUGAUGUACUAAAAGCGAAGAACAUGUCUAAUGGUUUCACGACCCCAUUAAGAUCAGCUUUAUCUUAUAAGAAGACUGCAAGCAGAAUACAAAAUAUAGGUCUUCGGAGUAAUUUGAUCAAAGAAUUCGAUGCUGUCGAACAUGAUAUCAGUAUAAAGCAGUGUAAUGAUUUACCAUGUUCCUCAUUGCCUUUAUCAGCAAAUAUGACUCCUGCUAUGGAGGGAGUAAAAGGAACCCUUUCAGAGAAUGGCAACAUGUUAGGUGCUUCUUCAGAGCGAAAGUCUUCAGAAAGGCCAUUGGUGGAUAUUAUAAAUAUAAAGGGUUCAAAUCUUGUUGGGACUGAUCAAGUCGUAAGAGCAAAGAGGAAACUAUCAAGUCGAAAAUAUAUAUCUCCAUUCAAGAAGCCCCGCAAUUCUACAUUUGUCCCUCCAUUGAACAUAAAAUCAACAGCAGUUCCCAACGGUACCGUGCCUGAAGCUCUUGGAGCAUCAUGCUUCAAUAACAGGGUUUCCACUCGAUACCCGUCUCAGUUUCCACGCAAGUAUAUCAAGGAGUACCUUGGGGAGCCUUUAUUCUUUCAAAACAUGUUCAAGAACUUGCCUGAAUGGUUAAGAAAGAUAAGUCCAGAGAAUGUGAACAAACACAUGUUUGAUGAUGAAUCUGGUACAAAAAGCAUUGGUUUGGAUUCCUUCUUUCACAUGUUGUCUCAAUCAGGUUGUUCAACCAUUUCAAAAGAGUGGAUUGCAAAUCAUUACAGAUGGAUAGUGUGGAAACUUGGAUGUUAUGAGAGAUGCUAUCCUACUAAAUUUUUUGGAAAACUUCUGACUGCUUACAACGUGCUUGAGGAACUGAAAUAUAGAUACGAGAGAGAAGUUAACAAUGGUCAUAGAUCGGCACUUAAGAGAAUUCUGGAAGGAGAUGCUCAUCCUUCUUCUCCUUUGGUACUUUGCAUAUCAUCUAUACACUUGAAGUGUGAUUCAGAAACCGAUACAAACGUAUUUUCUACAUCAAAUGCUACUGAAAGCUCUACAGUUGCCAGCGUGGAACUGACAGAUGGAUGGUAUUCAGUGAAUGGUCUCUUGGAUGAAUUGCUUUUAAAGCAAGUUGUUGCGGGAAAAUUGUUUGUGGGACAAAAGCUUAAGGUCUGUGGAGCUAGUUUAUGUGGUUGGAAUGCACCUGUUUCACCCCUUGAGGCAUCAAGGACGAUUAGCUUAUGCUUGAACAUUAAUGGGACAUAUAGAGCUCAUUGGGCAGAGCGUUUGGGAUUCUGCAAAAGCGGCUGUGCCCCAUUAGCGCUUAAGUGCAUUAAAGGUUCUGGCGGGGUAGUUCCCAGCACAUUGGUUGGAGUCACUCGGAUAUAUCCUGUUCUUUACAGGGAAAGGUUAAGUGAUGGAGGUUUCGUGGUGAGAUCAGAGAGAAUGGAAAACAAAAGGGUGCAAUUGUAUGACCAGAGACGUUCAAGCAUUGUGGAGGGCGUUAUGUCCGAAUUUCAAAGGGGGCUCAAAAGUUUUCAAGUUCACGAUGGGGAAAAUUCUGAUGACGAAGGGGCAAAGAUCUUUCAGUUACUUGAAGAAGCUGCCGAACCAGAAUUUCUAAUGGCUGACAUGACCUAUAAACAACUUAAUUCAUUUGUCAAGUAUAAAGAAAAAAUUGAGGCAAUUAGAGAGUCAGAAAUGCAAAAAUUAAUUGAAAAGGCAUUAGAUGAAGCUGGCCUAAGAAGGAGAGAAGUCAACACGUUUAUGAGAGCGAGAGUGGUUGGUUUGACUAGUAGAAGCAAUAAUCAGAAGAGCUGCUCACGUCAGGGCAUGGUAACAAUCUGGAAUCCAAGUGAGGAACAGCAAUCAGAGUUGGUUGAGGGGCAAGCAUAUGUUGUUGCGGGUCUUUCACCAGUUCACUCUAAUUCGAAUAUUAUUUAUUUGCAUGGAGGAUCUACAACAAAAUGGCAGCCUUUAUCUCUGUCCACAAUUGGACAGUUUCAGCCAUUUUUUAGUGCUCGGAAAUCAGUAUCAUUACUAAAAAUGGAUGAAAUUCCUCUCUCCAGUGAGUUUGAUGUUGCUGCGUUUGUUAUUUAUGUGGGGGAAGUGCACAAAUCUACUCAUCACAAGAAACAGUGGGUUUUUGUGGCAGAUGGCAGUAUUAAUACAUCACAUUCACAUGACCAGUCAGAUACUUUGCUUGCAAUCAGUUUUUGUUCACCAGCUGUUGACUGUGAUUCUAUUGUCCCAAUCAACUACAACCUUGUUGGAUCAACGGUUGGGUUUUGCAAUCUUAUAAAGUGUGACAAGGAUCAUACAAACCGUAUACGGGUGGCUGAAGCAACUGAAAAUUCUACAUACCAUCUAAGUUAUGAUGCUUCUGUUUCCAAACACUUGAAAAAUGCUGCUGUGUCUGCUGAUCGAUGGGCAAAAGCCUCCACCCUGACUAUUGAGAAGCUAAAGAGAAAAGUAUUAUCUAUUCUUGCCUGCAAGAUAUAGCCUUCUGACUUCCUUCAUGAUUUAUUACAUUUUACCAGGACUAUGCUACGACCAUACUCGUCUCUUAAAGGGCAUUUCGUAUUAACUUUUGGGAGGCAGUUGGUGCAUGAAAUUUUGUUAGCUAGCCUCCAACAAAAACGGUGAUAUAUUCUAGUUGCGUUGUUUUUGGGUUGAUAGUUAUCGUAUCAAAAGUAUAUUUAAAUGCAAAAAUCCACAUCACACAAAAA